AAACGGCAUUAAAGUUGAUGGACAUUUUAGAACAAAUUGAUCAAAAGCCUAUUGAAAUUACUAAUCUUAUGCAAAGGUUUACAUUAGAUGUUCUUGGAAAAGUUUGCUUUGGUUUUGACUUUAAUAAUCUUGGUGAUCCGAAUAAUGUCUACGUAACAACAUAUAAUGAUGUUCAAAAAACUCUUAUGAAUCCAUUUAAUUAUAUUUUGCCACUUGAACUUAUUCCAGGAAUAAGGCAAAAAAACCUUAGAAAAAUUAAUAAAUUAAAUAGUUUGUUUGAAGGAAUUAUUAAAGAAAAACAUAAAGCUUUAGCUGCUGGAAAGUUUCGAGGAGAUCUUUUGGAAGUUAUGUUAAAAGCUAACGAAAAUCAAGAUAAUCAAAUGUUAUCAGAUACUGAACUAAGGCAUAAUCUAGCAGCUUUUAUGCUUGGUGGUCAUGAAACAAAAAAAGCUCGAGAAGAAGUAUUGAGAAUACUUGGAGACAAUUUAAUUCCAUCAACAGAGCAAUAUAAAUCAUUAAAAUACUUAAAUACUGUUCCAUCUUUGUCGUGGCGUAAAUUAACUGAGGAUCUAAAAAUUAAGGAUUUGGUAAUUCCAGCUGGCACAAAUAUUGAAGUAUUCAUAUACGGAAUUCAACAUUCAUCAAAACUUUGGGAUAAUCCUGAAGAAUUUUUGCCUGAGAGAUUUGAAAAUGAACACAUGAACAUUGAAAAUAAUUCAAAUAAUUCUUGGUUUGCUUUUGGUGGUGGACCCAGAAU